AUGGCCUUUUGGACUUUUCCGUACAGGGCGGAGGCGGUCGAUGCGAACAGGGACCCGAGCAUCUAUUGGGAGGAUGUGAAUGGCGCCAGCACCGACGAUGUCCACAACGACCUUUUUGGCCAGUUCGUUGACUAUGAUGCCAAUGGUACAGUCACAAUGACCGCCAACAAUGACUUUAACACGGUGCCAGCCUCCAUGCCCGGCGUGGCAGGGUCGAUGCUCUUGAUGGGAGACCGUGCUGCCGCAACCUUGGAAAGCGCCGUCUCAUCCUGCGUCUCGUCUGCUGAUGAGUUCGACUUUCUCUCCUACAGCUCCCGCAUUGGCGCAACUGCCUCGGCUGCCAGUCACGAAAUAGACCCAAAAGACCUCGCGCUAAGCGCCGACGACCUGGGUCAUGCGUCUCAGCAGCCCUUUGAGCAUCUCGGCAGAGCAUCCAUGUCCGAGGCAGACCUGAGCAGACUCGAGAGCAUUUCUCUCCAUUCGCCACAGAGACCGCAAAAUACAACGUCAGAUCCGCCCUCUCCAAAACCCCCCAACACCGAUGGUCGGAAGCCCAAGAAGUUUGUGGAAGCCUUGUCUUCCACGAUACGAAAGGCAAAAACCCUGCGAAAGAAUCGGAAAGCGUCAGCUGUACCACGCCAAGUAUCACCCACACAGGAACAGCUACAACCUCUCAAGAUACCUAAGCAAAGGCGAGGAAGAGGCCGACCUGUUGCGACGGGCAAUCUACCUGUAUCUCCUCCGAUUCAACAGAAGGAGCAGCCUGCCCCCCGUUUCAUACACGGGCAGUGUGACGAUCCCUUCAACGACGGCGGUCUUUUGCCACCUGGCGGAGUAAAUCUCCAGUAUUAUGGCCAGGUCGCGCCGGAAACUCCAGUAGAAUCGCCUGGCGUGAAGAGCGAACCUAGUCAGAGUCAUUUCCAAUAUGAUGUAGCGUGGCAACAUCACCACCAUCACCACCAUCAACAACAACAACAACAGCAACAGCAACAGCAACAACAGCAUCAACAACAGCAGCAACAGCAACAACAACAGCAGCAACAGCAACAACAACAGCAGCAACAACAGCAGCAACAGCGGCAACAGCAACAGCAACAACACCAACACCAACAACAACAGCAGCAUCAGAUGCAUUGGGCAGGCAACGGAGGCGAAUACAUCACCAGCCAAGAGGCGGGUUGGUGGACACCAACUAUGAUGAGCCAAGGGACAAACGACUUUUCUCAUCACCAGAGGAGCGCCAGUGUUCAUGUAAUGGGACACGGUCAGCACACAGGGAUGCAUUAUGACUACGAAGCCAUUGCCGACACCAGCGCAGGUGGGCUCAUGAUUCACAUGCCUCAGCCUCGGGGCCCUCAAUCAGCUGUUGUCAAUGAUUUGACUGUCAACGCCCAGACAUUUCUUCCGCCGCUGCCUCCUCCUCCUCAGGCCGUAGGGCAGAAGAUGCCUGCCUCAGAAAGAUCUCACCGGCCCCCAAAGGCCAAGUCAUCCGGUGCAAGACACCUGUCUUGUUCUCCUGUGCGAAAGCAGCGAGGCCCAUCAUCUUCGCCGACUCCUGCGGAUCAGUCUGCUAUCCCUCGAUCUCGCCAUAGCUCAGGCGCGUCUGUGUCAUCUGUAAGGAGCAGCUCCGGCCGUCUCCCCGCCAGCAUGCCCGGCACCCCAUGCAGUGUUCGCAAGCGCCGCUCUCGAGAUAUAAGCGGUUCAAACAGUGCCACGUCUUUGGGUGGUGGCGAAGGCGUGGGCGGGAUCGGUUUCGUCAACUUUACACCAAAUGAUGGCAGUGUACUCAUGACAGGGGUUGCCCCCAGCGGAAGCUCCAAGACCAAGGCUCGCCGUGAAAAGGAAGCGCAGGAUCGACGCAGACGUCUUAGCGAGGCAGCUAUCAAAGCUGUGGCCGCCGCCGGGGGAGACGUCGACAAAUUAAUAGAGCAGGGCUUUGCUUUUUGA